GUUUCAGUUUUCCUCUUUUUUUUCUCUGAAUCACAAUAAGGGUUUCUAUUUCAUUUCUCCAUCACAAGAUCCUAUUUUCGCAUUUCCUAUCUCCUUUAAAGGUUGCCGCCACUCUUGUCGAAAGACUCGCGGAAGGCUCACCACUCGAAGGCUUUGCCGCAUUCUGCCGCCGCCGCACUUCGCCGUUGCCGCCCUUUGCCGUCGCCGCACUCUGCCGUCGCUGGAAAGAGAAGCAAAUCUGCAACCCAAAGGCAUUGCAUUUUUGAAAUGGCUGUGUCACUAUGCAGAAGUCGCACUGCUUCAUCACUCAAUUUGUUUGCCAAUACUCUUCGCCGAUUCUCUACUGGGGUGACAAACACCAGUGCUCAAAGAACGCCAGAGAGUAUAGUGAAUCAAAUGAUGUAUUCUGACAUAAACUCACGAAUUGGGAGUUGCAUGCCAGUGUCUGCAAUGCGAAUUGGAACAAUCAUUCACAACAUUGAAUUGAACCCAGGGCAAGGUGGCAAGCUUGUCCGAGCUGCAGGAACUAGUGCAAAGAUCUUGAAAGAGCCCACAUCAGCAUAUUGUUUAAUCCAGAUGCCCUCUGGUGUUAAAAAGUUAAUUGAUUCUCGGUGUAGGGCCACCAUUGGUAUUGUGUCUAAUCCAAGCCAUGGGGAUCGCAAGCUUAGGAAGGCCGGACAGAGACGAUGGCUUGGUCGUAGACCUGUUGUUCGAGGAGUGGCUAUGAAUCCCGUAGAUCAUCCUCAUGGGGGAGGAGAGGGUAAAAGCAAGAGUGGUGGAAAAUGGGGAAGAGGAUCUCUCACUCCUUGGGGCAAGCCAACCAAGGGUGGCUAUAAGACUGGACCCCUGAAGCGCAGAAGUUAGUAGUAGUAUAUAUAGCAUUCAGUAUAGCUGCUUCUGAUGCGUCCUCACAAGAUGCUUGUAAUAAUUGUAGAAGCUGUCAUUCUUGCUUAGAAAAUUCGUGGAAUUGAUUAGAUUAAGUCAAAGUGUCAAUUUUAUGGGUUCAAAUUUUACUGUUGCUAAAGUAAAAUGCUUUUGCAUUUUCUCUGAACUGGUCUUGAAGUCAGCUUAUUACACUUCCAUUGGUUUGGACUAAGUUUGUUGACUUGCUUAAAUGAGACCGCGAUUUUUGUUUCUUUUA